UAGCAUUUGGCUUAUGAAGAAAAGUGACUAAAAAUAACUCAUGAUGAGAGUUUUAGUCAGGUCCAAUUUCGGGUUCUAGCUGAGCUAGCCGCAAGUUUGACCACUCCUAUAAAGCUGGAGCAAUCUAAAAUAUAUGAUAAAUAUUUUCUGAAGACGUUAGCAGCAUGAAUGAGGAUAAAGAGGCAAAGCAUGGAGGACAUAAGAAUGGAAAGAAAGAAGGACUGUCUGGAAGUUCAUUUUUCACAUGGUUUAUGGUAAUUGCAUUGCUGGGCGUCUGGACUUCUGUAGCUGUUGUUUGGUUUGAUCUUGUUGAUUAUGAAGAAGUUCUAGCCAAAGCAAAGGACUUCCGUUAUAACUUGUCAGAGGUACUUCAAGGAAAGCUGGGAAUCUAUGAUGCUGAUGGUGACGGUGAUUUUGAUGUUGAUGAUGCCAAAGUUUUACUAGAGGAACCAGGUGGGAUAGCCAAGAGAAAAGCUAAGGCCAAAGUGAAAGAAGUAAUUAAAGAAGAGCUUAAAAAGACAAAAGAGAAACCAGAGUCAAAGAAAGAAAAUAAGAUUGAAGAUAAAAAGAAGGGGAAGAAAGAAAAAGAUGACUGGAAGGAUAAAUUUGCUGCUGAUUCAGAUAAAUCCAGAAAGGAGUCUUCCAAGGGUAAAAAAGAUAGAGAAAAGGAAAAAAUAGGACUAGAAAAAAGUAGCAAAGACAAAGAGAUUAUGAAAAGAUCAGGAAGUGGAAAAGAUGCUUCUACUAAAAUGGCAUCCAGACAUAAAGAAGAGAAAAAAGUAGAUAAAAGUCCAUCUAAGCUUGCAAGCUUAGCAAAGGGUCAAGAUCGGAAAAAAAAGAACUAAAUCUUUAUUACUUCCAUCAACAUGGAAUGUCAAGUGCUGUACCAUUACUUAAUAUUUAUUGAAUUAUUAGAUGAUAUUGUAAAUUUCCAGUUUUGGAGAUUCAUUUCCCUGAUCUUACUAAACAGAUUAUGCAUAAUUUUUGUAAUAACUAUUUUAAAAUGUUCUGUUUUUACAGGGAUAUUUAUUUGCAAAUGAAAAACUUCUGAUUCCACAAUAAAUUUAUUUAAAGAAUUUGUUUGCAGUAUUGAAAACUUGACUGCUUUAGUAACUUUAUUUCAUUAAUUUAAUUUGAUUUCUAUGUAUUGACGAUUUUUUCAAGGCUUGUUUAGAUGCAUAAUAUUUAAAUUGUGAUCAAAAUGGAAAUUUAUAUUGUUAUCCUUUAAUCACAUUUUAAGUGUAAAAUACCAUUUUCUUAAUUAUGUACAUAGAAUGUCUUUUACUGUGAUACUCUAAUAUGUAGCAUAUUUAUUAAUUUGUAUGUCAUAUCAUUUUAAUAUACCAUAACCUCCUUUGAAAAUGAUGUAUCAUGUUUGAAAAUACAGUAUCUAGCAUGUAGAAAGUGCUUGAAUUGAAUUGGAAGGUAAGUACUUAAGUAUCUAUGCUGGAAUAAUAAAUAUAUAUUUAUAAAGUUUGGCCUUUCAUGAACUUCUUCUUGCAGUCACUAGAAUGUAAGCUCUUUGAGGGCAGGGAAAGUUUAAUUUUUGUCUCUUUGGAUCCACAUACCUAAUGCACUGCUUAGUAUAUAGUAGAUAUUUAAUAAAAGCUCAUAGGUUUUGUUGAAUUCCAAAGUAGUUUAGUUACUGAAGUAACAAACAGGUUGGGUUAUAAGGCCCUCCUAGAGGUUUUUAUAAGAAUUCUAUUUACUAAAACUUAAAGUGAUAAUCCAGGAUGAUUUUUCAUUUUGUGUACAGAAUGGCAUCCUAUUUUGAGAUAUUAUACAGUCCCAUAAUUAUUGAAUCUUAUAAAAUGACUUCAUUUUAACUUGUAGAUGAGACUUUUUUUAGUUCAACAGAAAACAAUUCAUUUAUCUAAAGAUUUUUUAAAAAGAAAAAUGUGGUCAAUAUAGCAUUGAUGUACCUAGAGCUUUAACUUUUUUGUAUCUAGAACUUCAAGUAUAAUUAAGACAUUGUAAAAAUCUGGUUUUUGAUGUUUAAAGGACAAUCUUCUAAUUUUGUUUUAGCAUGGAAAAGUAUAGUGUUGCCAGCCAGAGUUUAAUUUUUUCAUAUUCUAAUCUUUGUUCUGAAAAACUUAAAAAGGUUGAAGUUUUAUCAUACUUACAUAAUAAUUUCUAAACUUACUAUAAUUUCUAGAUUUGUGUGUUUAUAUUUGAUGUACAAGUAUAUUUCACUGCUACAAUUCAAACAUCUAGAAAUUCAGUUUAUGUAAAUUCUGUUUCAUACAUCUAGAACAGUAUGUAACUUCCAUUAAUUUCUAAGCAAAGUUUUUCUAAAAUGGGUGCUUAAUAACUAAUUUAUCAAUGAAACUAAUAGAUUUUUUUAAAGGACUAUUUAUUCUCAUUUCAAAUGCUGACUUGUUUACUGUGUUGACAAAAUAUAUAGAUUUAUGGAAAUUUAAAGGAAAUGUAUAAGUGAUAAUUUAUCAGUAUUAUUAUACUAGAAGUCAGGGAAUUUUGUGUUUCUAUUACAUUGUAAUAUUGUAAUAAUUUUUAGAUAUUAUUUUGGUGAUAGAUAAUAGCUUUUUAAGAAGGCAUUCUAAUAGAGAAAAUUGUAAAUUUUAAAUGAAUUGAAAAAGAUAAUCUUUGUUUAAUUACUCAUGAAUUUAUCAGAGUACCACAUAUUAAUGAGCUUGUUUUCAGUUUAAUCAUUUUUCUCUUAAAUGUCUGAUGAGUAAUGAUAUCUGUAUAUUAAAACAAAUACAAAUGCAUUCUGAGACUGAUUAUUAAAUACAGUACUUCAUAUUUUAAUUCAUUUGGCUUAGUAAAAUUCAGAUUUGAUCUUUACAAAAGGGUUAACAAUCUUUAUGCUGCUCUAAUUUAUUUCAGCAUUGUAGCUCAUCUACUACUAAAGUGGUUAGUUAAACUUUUAUUUUAACUAAUUUGUUGAGGUUAUACUUGAGGUACACUUUUAAAUCUCUAUCUUAAAAUGUUUUUAUUUAUGAAUAUAUUUCUUACUAAUAGAUGUCUUUAAAACAUUGUUUUUUAUUAUUAGGUAUGGUGAAGUGAAAGUAAUUUAAAACUGAUCUGAUUGCUUCAUAUUGUUUGACAUUUUUCUAUUAAUGGAGUUUCAAAAUUUUUAUGUUACUUGAUUAAUAGAUCAGUGUAAAAAUCAUAUUAAAUCUGAUAAUUAUUCUUAGUUCAGUUUUUCCACUUUUUAUUCCUUUCUAAUACCUGGUAAUGUGUAUUCUUCUCAACUUCAACAAUAAAUUUGAGUUAUAGUUCCCGAUAUAAACUAUUCAAUGAGUUUUAUGUAAUCGUGAGUAUAACUCAAAAUAGAAAUGUCAAUAUAAAGAUAAAUCCUCAGUUUUUAUUUUAGUUAUAGAAUUUUUUCAGUUCUUUCAAUUUUGUUUGAAACAUUAAAUGUACUUUUUAAAAUAAGAUUUGUAUAAAGUGUGCUUAGGUAUAAAAAUGACUUUAGAGAAGAAACUUGUUUAACUCAUAAUGUACCUGAACUGUUUUCUGUAGCAUCCGACUGCCAUUUGUAACACUUUUUCUGGAGAAGUUCAUUAGAAUUUUGCUUAAAAUGCAAGGAACACAUCUUGCCCAUGAAAAAUAAUGUCAUACAAGAGCUGGCAUAAACUGUGAUUAAUGGCUAUUUCCUUCCUCCCCUCUUAUAUACAAAAGUAUCCUCUUAAUAUUUUCUUAGUUACAUUUUAAAAUAUAUUUUAACAUUCAUUUAAAAAAAAUGAGUUCCAAGUUCUCCCUCCUCCCAUUUCCCCCAUCCCCAUUCAUUGAAAGGGCAAGAAAUAUGAUAUUAAUUAUAAUUAUAAAAUUAAUUGUAAGUUAAAUAAUAAACUAUUUUUACAUUAACUAUAUUGAAAGUAGAAAACAAGAAAAAGAAAGUGAAAAACAUAUGCUUUAGUCUGCACUCGGAGCUCAUGAACUCUCUGGAGGUGGAUUACAUUUUUUAUCACGGGUCUUUUGGGAUUGUGGAGGAUCACUGUAUUGAUCUAAUAUUUUUAUAAUUGAUCAUUAUUAUCGUAUGUGCAGUGUUCUCCUGGUUCUACUCACUUCAUUUUGCAUCAACUCAUUUAAAUCUUCCCAGAUAUUUCUGAAACUAUCCUACUACUCAUUUCUUAUAUAGUACAAUAGUAUUCUUUGAUAGACUAUUUCCAAUUCAGUUUUCCAUCAUCCCUGAUUUUUUUUUCCCUUUUGAGUCCAGGGAUUGGCACAUUGUAUUCCACUGUUGCUUAGAACCAGAGUUUCUCUCCUUCACACAUUCACCUUAUACACAUUCAGUUUCUUCUCCUGCUCUCCUCACCUUGAAUCAGUCACACACCAUUUUUGAGGGCUUUCUAAGAGUUUAUAUAAAUAGCAUUUUUAUCUUCCAUGAGUCACUAAUGGCCAGAAUACGCUCCAUCUCCUGAUGAAUAUAAUAGCAAGCUAAUAACAAUGAGCCUCUACAUUUAACUAAGCAGAUCUUCAGGAAGUAGAAACUUGAUCUCUUCAAAACUAUAUCAGAAUCCUUUCCCACUUGAAAGAAUCCAUCAGAACUUGAACUUUGCAGUCAUUUUAGCUCCCAUGAUUACUUGAAGAAAGUAACAGAAUGUGUUUUAAAGGAUGCCCAUUUUGUGUCCCCAUGCUUUCUCUAUUUUUUUUUUUUCCUUUUAGCUGUAGAGCAAGACAAAGACUGGGCGUGGUUGUUGUUGGCAUACUCACACACACACAUAUACACACACAUAUGUAUAUAUAAAGAAUAUUAAAGAAAUGUCAUUCCGUAGUUCAGAGGGGAACUUUGGCAACCUAAGUCUUGGGGCUCUGAGAUGAGAAACAAGAAUAGCUUUGCUCAUCUGCAAUAUGAGGAAUCUGAGGCAAACAAGUUUAAGUGAUUUGUCCAGGUGACGCAGGUAGUAAUUGACUGAUGUUAGAUUUGAACUCAGGUCUUCUAGAUUUCAAACUAAUUGCUCUCUAUGCCAAAGAUCCUUCAGUGCACAGUUAUCAUUGGACAUUAUUAAAGGAAUUUUGUGAAUAUUCUGAUGAAAUAUUCACUUUAUUUACAGCAUUCUCCCAAUUAGAAUCCCUACUUGGUAACAAGGAAAUUGAAAAAUAAUUUUAUAAGUUAGCAUAUGUCAUAAUUACUUUUAGUCCCUUAGAUAAAUGUGUUUUUAGUUUGAAUUUAAGUACUCUCUAUUCAGUAGUCCUUUGUAUUGCCUAUGUUUCUGGUGCCAGUGCUAGUGCAAUCUUGGUGAAUGGUUGCAUAUCUGCGGUGUGUAGGAACCAACCUAAUUGAAUUUAGGGAGGCUUAUCAAUAGGUUGGCUGCAGAGAGUUUUUUAGCUCAGUGGGUGGAAGAAAUGGUCCCACCCUCCCCCCCAAAAAAAAAUCACAAUUCCUUCUACUAUUGGAGCAAUUGCUAUAAGGAUAGUGAAAUCUUAUUUUUUUUUUCUUCUUUAGUAAUGUUUAUAAAGGGUCUGUCUGUUUUUCAACUUCAGAAGAUAGCUUAUUAGGAUAUUUUCCAUUCUGGUAAAUAAUUAAAUGCCUACUGUAUGUCAAACACGAUGCUAAGUCCUGGGGAUAAACUUAAUAGAAAAGUCUACCCUCAUUUUGCUUGUGGAAAGAGUGCAAGGGAAUCUUGUUCUGUGAAAAUAGGCUGAGCAGCUGAUGUAAAGUGGAGUGAGUUUAACCUACUUUCUGCCCUUUAUAAAAAAAGGCAUUGGGAGGAAUUUGUUCUACUCUCCAGACCUCUAAUAUGAGGGGAGAGGAGGCUGAAAGAAAUGGAGUCAAUAAAGUCUUAAGAUAAGAUUGUGUGAGUUUAGGAAUGUUAAGAUAGAUUGUCCUGGAAGGGGGGGGCAUCUUGUUCCUUGGAGUUGAAAUCAGUACUUCUUACUUAACAGAAUUCUUAAGUUGCAUGAUAAAAAAAAAAUCAAGUCAACUUUCUAUUGUAGUCUUAGCAGGAAUGGGAAUGUUUUACUCCUUUUAAAUGAAUUUUAGCUACAUUUUAGUGCACUGAUCUGUUAUUCCCAUAGCUUUUAACUCUCUGGACUUAAGUCAUCAUUAUUUAAAAUACUGCUUCUUAUGACGCUAAAAAAACACAUAGUGUGGGGCAGCUAGGUGGUGCAGUGGAUAGAGCAGUAGCCCUGAAGUCAGGAGGACCUGAGUUUAAAUCUG